GGUGCGUGAGGCUUCUGCUGAGUUGCAGGCCUGAGGAUUAUAGAAAGGUCUUUAAGAUUGCCUCCACGUCCAUUCUUUUGUUCUCCUCCAUUCCUGCCUGGUGCAGCUGCAAGACAAACAGCAAAAGAGCGAAAAAUGAACCAGAAGGUGGUCCUCAUAACUGGCUGCUCCUCUGGGAUUGGGCUCUCUCUGGCUGCCCGCAUUGCAAAAGAUGAAAAGAAAAGGUUCAUGGUCUAUGCAACCAUGAGGAACCUGAACAAGGCCGAGCCGCUGAUAGAGGCGGCUGGUCGGACACUGGGCAGAACCUUGGAGAUCAAGAAGCUGGACGUCUGUGAUGAGGAUUCCAUCAAAGAUUGUGUUGACAGCCUACCAGAACGCAGGGUGGACAUCCUCAUUAGCAAUGCAGGGAUGGGGCUGAUCGGACCCAUUGAAUGUCAAUCUAUUGAUGAGAUGAAGACGGUCAUGGACACAAACUUCUUUGGGCUCGUGCGAUUGUUGAAGGAAAUCCUACCCGACAUGAAAAAGAGGAAGAAAGGCCAUAUCGUGGUCAUAAGCAGCGUGAUGGGAAUUCAAGGGAUUUUGUUCAAUGACGUCUAUGCAGCAUCCAAGUUUGCAGUGGAAGGAUUUUGUGAGAGCCUGGCAAUACAAGCCUUGAGAUUUAAUCUCAACAUCAGCUUGAUUGAGCCAGGCCCAGUGCUGACAGAAUUUGAACGAAAGGUCUAUGAAGAAGGUUUGAAGAUUGAUCUCAGCAAAGCUGACAAAGCAACUGCUGAUAUGUUCACAAACGUCUACUUGAAGAACUACAAUCAAAUCUUUGAAACCCUCGGACAAAGUCCUGACGACAUUGCAGAGCACACCCUAAAAAUCAUCACCAUGGACAACCCUCCUUUCCGUCAUCAGACCAACACACUUUACACCCCCAUGACUACGCUCAAAUAUGCUGACCCCAACGGUGACCUUCCAAUUGACACAUUUUACAAAAUGGUGUUUGAGCAUGACAAAGUCUUCAACGCUAGCCUAAACUUCCUCAAACUGCUGCGCUGGAGGAGUCGCAAGAGUUUCACCCUGGAGAAAGACAAGACCAACUGAGUGUUCUGUUUUUGUUGUUUUUUUUAAACAAAAUGCAUCAGUGUGUCUGAAUUUAAGGCAUUUCAUUGUGAAAAGCCUUUUACAUGAGUAGUAUUUGUAUUGAGAGCAGUUGUGUACUUGAAGGAAUUGUUAAAUAAAAGAGGUUUGAGAAUU